CAAAAUGGCUGUGUGCGACAAUCAAACAAGCUUCGGCUCUUUUAGAGUUGAAAUACAAUGUCACUUAGAAAAUCUGCAUCACAACUUGGCACUUGCUGUCACCGGCUCUAUUCCACAUCUGGGGAACUGGAAUUUGAAUGAUGCGCUAAUUGCAGAGGAAGUCCCCAUCAAGUCAGGCAGAUGGGUGGUAGGAGUAAAGUUGCCGGCAGGAGUGCAGUUUCAGUACAAGUGGGUGAUCCUCUGGCGAGACACUCUCAUUCCUUUCCUGUGGGAAGAUGGACCUAAUAGAACUGUCCAAAUAAAAGGGAGUGGCAGAUGUUUAGAUAUAUGGAACAAGGGAGGAGUCUUCCAGCAUAUUAUCGGAAAUUCAGGAUUUGUAUUAAGCAGUCCCCCAAAAUUAAACCCAAAACUUCAAGAAGUAGUUAAUUUGCUAGAAGAAUUAGCAGAAAGUGUUAACAGAAAUGGGAAUCCACCAAGAUCUCGUCCACGCGAGAUCCUCCAUGCGGCAUAUACCUUCAUCAAAAAUGGUAUAAUAAGUGUAAGCAGAUGGAUUUGGAUUAUGGUACAGAAUCUCUUGAACCCCCCAGCGCCAUCACCAGCACCACCAGCUCCGCCAUCACCAGCACAACUAGCACCGUCAUCAGCACCGCCAUCACCAGCACCACCAGCACCGCCAUCACCAGCAUCGCCAUCACCACCGCCAUCACAUCCACUUUUAGGAAGUUUUUGGUACCUUGGUUUAUUUUAGACACAUGGACUUUUUCUGCUUGAAAUUUUACUGGUUGGA